AUGGACCAAGAUCUUCCAUUUGAUCCCGGGCGCUGUGCCGAGCUCUACAACCGCAUUAUCCGCAUCGGAUUUGACGGUGCGCGGCGGUCUCUCCGCGGAGAACGUCUUCAAACAAGUUGGUUCAAUGCCUGGUCGGCCAAUCCGGAUGCUGCACCACAUGUAUCGCCCUGGCGAGCCCGGUUUCCUCCGCUGUUGGUCUCCUUCCUGGACCAGGUCGAGCUGAUAGUCAGCUCCGAUGGAAUCCCGAUCGUAAACGAUGCGCUGGCCUACCAUGUACAAUCAGUGUCUCCACCUCCCCGUCUCCAACCGCCGGAGCUUGAUGGCCUGGAGGACUGUAUCUUACUCUUUCGCAACAACCUCGAGGCCUUCCCAGACUCCAUCGGGUUGGUGAUGGACUUAUCGGACAUGCAAGUCUCUUACAUCCACGAUCGACUCGAUUGGGAGGAAAGCCCCGAAUGGUAUGACCUGCAGUUCGUUCUGGAACGGCUCAACGCCAUCAUCGAUGUGGGCAAGUACCGUCCCGGUCCGGCCGACAGCAGCUUGCAUGACCCAUACCAAGCUAUCAGUAACUUCUGGAGUGUGGUACCAUGGAACGACUGGGUACUGAACCAGAGUGUUCUGGUGUACAAUGCCCUGGUCGAAGCCAUUGAGGUUCGUCUUCCAGGCUCCCAGGAACGAUCUCAAUCUCAAUCUCGACCGUCGAUCGCGACUCCCGAGACAUUGGAUCCCAGAAUCAAUGGCUUCCCUCGAGCGUUCCUGUUACAAGCACGAAAACCCAUCUUCAAGCAGAUUGCUCCAGGGUUAACUGUCUAUGAUCCCUCGGCGCCACCUCCACCGAUAGAGGUUCAUCACCCACCGCGUGGAGAACCGGAGUUUCGAACCCCAUACUACCGUGAGUUGAACGGUGGUCCUGCCGUCUCGGAUGCUGUGAUCCUCUUCCCUGCCACCGAGAGUGAGUAUCGAGAGCGCCAGGCGGGGUUAUGGGUAUAUCCUGACGUUGCGUGGGCGGAUACGGUCAAACUCGCACUUCCGUUUGAGCUGUCUUCGUUUCCGAGAUUCGAUGGGAAACAUGUUCGCCAGAACACGUCGACUGGUUUGUGGGGACAGCUGGGCUGUUCUUUCUUUGUUGAUCAUGGAACACGACUCGUCAGCUUGCUUGAGAAGUGGACGGAGCUCGUUGAGAGUGGGAUUUGGACAGUCUCAGAGAAGGGAAUUGAAGGUGGAAUGGAGUUUUAUAGAAGAGCUGAGGAUCCAGAGAAAUCGGAGUGGUUUGUGUUGGAGGCCUGUUUUCCCAUGGGGUGA